AUGCCGGGCAGUUUGGUGCAGGAGGAGAAGAGGCUGGAUGUAGAGGUGGAGCCUCGGAAGGAAGCUAUAGAGAGCGAAGAUGAGGAAUGCGGUGAUGGUGGUGCAGCAGCACAAGAAGAAGAUGUAGAAGGCAAUGCAGCAGGAGCAGCAGGAGCAUCAGCAGCAGCAAAGAAGAAGAAGAAAAAGAAGAAGAAGAAGAGUGGAUCUGGAGCUGCAGCAGCAGCAGCAGCAGCAGGAGAAGCAGGAGAAGCAGGAGAAGCAGCAGGAGCAGCAACAACAACAGCAGGAGCAGCAAAGAGUCUAGGAUAUAUUCCUGCACAGGACAACUCCCGUCUGCGGUGUCUAGGCAGCUGGCCGGAGGUCAAACCCUCGCAGCAAACAGAACCAGCAACAAAAACAAUACAGCAAAUCUUCCCAUCAGGAAUUUUCCCUACAGGGGAGGUACAGGCAUACGCCUCUCCUCCUCGAGACGCGGAGGCACGAGAGGCAGCGAGGCUCGUAGAAGUUGACAUCGAGGGUUUACGCGAAGCUGCAGAAUGUCACAGACAGGUCCGUCGUUAUGCACAAAGUUUAUUAAGGCCUGGCUUAUCAUUAACAGAAUUGUGCACAAAAUUGGAGGGAAAGACAGAAGAAUUAAUUGGUGCAAAAGGGAUAGAGAGAGGAAAGGGUUUCCCUACAGGUUGCUCAAUUAAUGAAUGUGCUGCUCAUUAUACACCAAACCCUGGAGAAGAUAAGAUACUAGGAGAAGGGGAUAUAUGCAAGUUAGAUUUUGGUGUUCAAGUUCGCGGACGAAUUAUUGACUGCGCUUUCUCCAUUGCCUUUGACCCUAAAUUUGAUCCUCUUAUUAAUGCAACAAAGGAGGCUACGGACGUUGGGUUACGUGCUGCUGGGGUGGACGCUCGUUUAUCAGAAAUUGGUUGUUUAAUAGACGAAGUAAUUUCUUCUUAUGAAUUUGAAUCAGCUGGGCAAACUAUACCAAUUAAGCCUAUAAGGAAUCUUACUGGGCACUCUAUUGCUCCUUAUAGGAUACACGCAGGUAUAAACCCUAAACCCUAA